AUGCGCGUACACAGCCCACGACGGAUACCACCAGGCACCACCAUCCCCAGCGGCUCAGAGUCGCCGGGUGAAGCCCCAGCAUUGGUGGCGGUGGAAUGGAUCGGCAUCGACUCCGUGGAAGCCCUGCGUUUUCGCUUCAACACCGAUGAGGGCCUAGAUGAUGGGCGACCAUGGAGAAGGGUGGAGCUUCAACCUAGGGAGAGGCUUCGGAUGCUGCGUGGCCGGGGCUUAGGCUUGGCUGACUGGAUCAUUUUGAUCACGUCCAAUGGACGGUUCCUACACCUGGGAGGACCCUUGGCGAAUCCCGUGCCCAGCUUCUCCUUUCUGUGCCCACCAGGUGAAGAAAUUGUAGGCGUUACAUCAAGUCGGGUGACUGUGAUGCAAUUGAGUGGCGAAUCGAUCGAGGGAACCUUUGAGGCCUCGGACACCUUCAAGGACGUAGCCCUUUGGAUUCGGACCAAGAUGGGGAUUCCCAUUGCAGUGCAGCACCUGGUGAAUGGUGAGACCGUCUUUAAAGAUCCAUCGCUGCGGCUUCGAGACGCCUUUCCAGACAUGGAAGAGGUGACUGUCUCUGUGCUAAGAAGCCCAUAUACCAAGAAGGAGCGUGAAGAACUGUUUCUGAGAUUGGUGCGCUCUACUGCAGCUGGAGAUACCCGACAGGUGCAUGAGCUCAUGAAGGAGGGUGCGCCUGUCUGCCUUCAGAAAGAGUCCAUGGUCGACGUUUCGGUGAAUCUGGAGCAUUGGGAUGAUACUGAAGAACAGGCCGAAGAGCCCACAGAGCAGAAGGAGACCGAGACUGAGGAGACGAAGGAGAAGGAAAACGAGGAGGACAUGAAGGAUGCAAGCUCCGGAGGGGAAGAGUCCGAAGCCUGCAGCUCCAGUGUCCACUCAGAAGACAUGGAGGAGGAAAUGCCAGAAGAUUACCUGCCAUGUGGUGGGCUUACUCCUCUUCUAAUGGCCAUGGCUACAGGUCGCGACGACCUGGCGCGUGACUUCCGGCACAUCGGUGCAGAAGAGCCGGACUUGGUGCCGAAAACUCCUUCACUUCGUGAAGCGGCGACGCAAUGCCGAGUGCUGGAAAUCACCAGACAUCUUAUCGCUGGUGCAGAUCCAGAUCUGCCGCUGCGCCGAGGUGAAGGCAUCCGCGCGACGGAAAAUGGCACCUUGCUGCACGCCUGUGCCGCGAAUCACAAGCAGCCAGGCAUGUAUGAGGUCGCCCAGCUGCUAAUCCACAAGAAAGCCAACCUGGAUGCAGGUGAUUCGGAGGGAGACACACCUUUGGCACAUGCCAGAUAUUUCAAUGCCCCGGAUCUCUACAAGCUCUACGAUGGCUCCGGUGCCACGCUGGCAGGACCCUUCUAUGCAGCAGCUCGGUGGGAACACCACCACCAAGCCCUGCGCGUUAUGCUUCUGCGCAAUUUGGCACCAGCUGAAGAAUAA